GAAGAGCGGAGGUGAGUCCACUUAUCCGCACGUCGACCUCUCGUCUCACCUUCUCCGCUCUUCCUUGCUUCAAGCCUUCAAGAGCGAGAGAUCGAGAGCAAGAGAGACCGGCAAGGCUAGGAUAGAGUACUCCUCUCCCCUGAGAGCAGACCUGCCUGAGAGAGAUUCCUCUGCUUGUCCUUCUUGCUCGCUCGCCACCGGCCUGUUUAUUGCCUGGACCUAUCGACUUGCCUUGGCCAUGGCUAUGGGGGCCAUGCUCUCCAGUAGAGCCUUUGCCUCUCCACUCUUCUCAGGAAAGCAGCAUGAGAUGAAGCAUUGUACAUCACCACAGAACAGGUGUGCAUGUUCCUUACUUCCCGGAGAAAGAAGUGGCCGGCAUAUUACUAGGAGCACCCUUUUCCUAGCCUACAGGACUGAAACGGCAAGACUAGAACAACUUUCUGGCCAGAUUCAGCAGCCACUCGUCAACUCUUCUAGGGACUAUUUAACCAUGAGGUUUUGCAAUGCAAGCCUGAAGAAGAGAGUUCUGUCGAGGGUCGAGUGCUUCCUGUCUUCAGAUCCAGUAAACAGUGGUUGGCAGAAACCAAGGAGGUGGGAGAAUUUCACUAGAUUGGAGAGCGCUUGUGUGCAGCCUGAGUACAGAAUACCGAUCAGAACGCGAGCUGACUGCAAAGCUGAACAGUUUGAGAUAACCGGGUCGCCAUUGAGCCCUUCUGAUGUCCCUGCUGAGGCGGUUCUGGUUGGAGAUGCAAAUGAGGUUUCUCCCUGGUGGCAACAGUUCCCGAAGCGCUGGGCAAUUGUUCUCCUGUGCUUCUUUUCAUUCCUACUUUGCAACAUGGAUCGCGUCAAUAUGAGUAUCGCGAUCCUUCCAAUGUCAGCGGAGUUCGGCUGGAGUCCAGCAACCGUUGGCUUAAUCCAGUCUUCUUUCUUUUGGGGCUACCUUCUCACUCAGAUUCUUGGAGGCAUUUGGGCUGACCGGUUUGGUGGCAAGGUAGUUCUGGGAUUUGGGGUUGUAUGGUGGUCUAUUGCAACAGUUCUUACACCCAUUGCUGCCAAGAUUGGCCUUCCGUGCUUACUGAUUGUGCGUGCUUUCAUGGGGAUUGGCGAGGGUGUUGCCAUGCCAGCUAUGAACAACAUUCUUUCCAAAUGGAUCCCGGUUUCAGAAAGGAGCAGAUCUCUUGCAUUAGUAUACAGUGGAAUGUACCUUGGUUCAGUUACUGGCCUUGCCUUUUCACCUUUCUUGAUAAGCAAAUUCGGCUGGCCUUCUGUUUUUUAUGCAUUUGGGUCCCUGGGAAGCAUUUGGUUCGCACUGUGGCUACGCAAAGCACGCAGCUCUCCGAGUGAAGAUCCGGAAAUAAGCGAAGCUGAAAAGAGACACAUACUUGGUGGUAAUACCAUAAAGGAGCCUGUUACCUCCAUACCGUGGAGGUUAAUCCUAUCGAAGGCGCCAGUAUGGGCUCUCAUAAUAUCCCAUUUUUGCCAUAACUGGGGAACAUUCAUUCUCCUGACAUGGAUGCCCACGUACUACAAUCAGGUUCUGAAGUUCAAUCUUACCGAGUCCGGGCUUUUGUGUGUCUUGCCAUGGCUGACAAUGGCUGUAUUUGCAAAUAUUGGUGGCUGGAUAGCCGACACCCUUGUUGCAAAAGGGAUUUCAAUAACAAACGUUCGUAAGAUCAUGCAAUCUAUUGGUUUUCUUGGACCAGCCUUCUUCUUGACACUACUGAGCAAAGUCCGUACCCCGGCCAUGGCCGUGUUGUGUAUGGCAUGCAGCCAGGGAAGUGAUGCUUUUUCACAGUCUGGGCUGUACUCAAAUCACCAGGAUAUAGGACCACGUUACGCGGGGGUGCUUCUCGGGCUGUCGAACACUGCUGGCGUGCUUGCAGGAGUUUUUGGUACUGCUGCCACUGGCUACAUUCUUCAGAAAGGUUCUUGGGAUAGUGUGUUUCAGGUGGCUGUUGUACUGUACUUGGUAGGAACGGUGGUGUGGAAUGUCUUUUCAACGGGAGAGAGAAUUCUUGAGUAAGCUGUGGAUGUUCUUAUAUGCCGCUAUACAGAUAUAGCUGAUUUUGCUGAUGUCUUUUUGGUGUACACAAGAAGUAAAGCCCUCUUGUAGAGGGAGAGAUACCUGGAAACAAAACUCUCUUCUUUUAGCAAGAGAUAUAGCUGCAUUUGAUAUCUGGAGUAUGAAAGGAAUGAAUAGCAACUAAAGUGCUCGAUGGGCAGAGAAAAUUGGUCUGUGUAUUGAAGAUAGUUGACUUGGAACAGAAGAACUUCUGCGACAGUAAAAGCAGCCGCACCAAGGGAAUACCACUAUUUGCACCAAUCCCCAGGCUUGCACCUAUUUCCAGAGAAGUUCAAGCUACCUGUUUCAGCUUCUUGCACCGAACAAAGAAUUCCUCAUGGCCUUGUAUUUUGCUAAAAUCGAUGAACUAACCAUGUUUCGGCUUGCUUUUGAGUAGGGAGAUGCAGCUACUGCCAAAUUCAUGUACUAAGCAAGCAUUUUGGGGGAAGACUGGUUUUGUUUUUUCGUUGAUUUGCGAUAUGUUAUUUUUUGCGUACGCUGUAUGGUUAUAUCACAUGACAGUGGCGAUGUUUUAAAGUAUAUUAGUGCCUGUAAAACGGUGACUUUUGCUGAACCACCGAAUAACAAUCAGUUGGUACCCUGUAUGGUAUUCUCUA